AUGAGCCAAACAAAUCUCUCUUGUGUCCUCUAUGGUCCCGGCAAAGUCCGUUUUGAGGAUCGACCGGUCCCAUCCCUCAAAGAUCCCCACGAUGUCAUCAUUCGCAUUUCCUACGUCGGCGUCUGUGGCAGUGAUGUUCACUUUUGGACGGAUGGCGGCUUUGCGAGAAAGGUUUCCGAGGACCAACCUCUCGUCAUGGGCCACGAAGCAUCCGGCAUUGUUCACUCGGUUGGGCCUGAUGUUACGCUUCUCAAACCCGGUGACCGCGUAGCUAUCGAGCCUGGGUUCUCCUGCAGAAGAUGCAAGCAAUGCAAAGAUGGAAGAUAUAACCUCUGUCCCAAGAUGAAGUUCGCCGCAGAUCCUCCCCUUACGCAGGGUACACUGUCUCGCUUUUUCAGCAUCCCCGAGGACUUCGCAUACAAAAUUCCCGAUUCUCUCAGUCUUGAAGAAGCCGUUCUCGUUGAACCUCUGGCAGUUGCCGUCCAUGGUAUUCGCCUUGCAGGCCUUGGGGUUGGGCAGCGUGUCCUGGUACAAGGCUCUGGGACCAUUGGUCUCCUCACUGCUGCGGUCGCAAAGGCGUAUGGCGCGAGGCAGGUCUACAUCACGGAUGUUAACCUGGACAAGAUCACAUUCGCAAAGAAAUAUCUGGAAUGCUCUGCGUUUGUCCCAGAUCUCGGGUCGACGCCAGAGGAAAACGCAUCCAGGUUCAAGACUGAGACGGGACUCGGCGAUGGCGUUGAAGCAGUCCUAGAAUGCACUGGCGUUGAAGCAUCGACUCAGACUGGGCUUCUUGCCCUCUCCGCCGGUGGUGUUCUUGUUCAGGUCGGGAUAGGGAAGCCAGUGCAAGCAAUUCCUAUUCACGCCAUGUCUGAGAAGGAAAUCGUUCUCAAGACGUCAUUCCGUUAUGGGCCUGGUGACUAUGAAAUCGCACUCGAGCUGCUUGAGUCUGGUAAAGUCUCUGUGGGGCCUUUGAUCAGCAGUAUUAUGCCGUUUGAAAAGGCUACCGAAGCCUGGGAGAAGACCAGAAAGGGUGAGGGGAUUAAGAACUUGAUCCGGGGGGUACAGGAUUGA